AUGGCGGACAAGCUAGCUCUCCCGCUUCUUCUUCCAAGCACACCUUCCUCAAAACCCUUAUUUCACGACCAAAACCACCACCACCACCUCUCUAGAACACCAUUUCUCACAUCCCAACUUCAAUCACCACCACCAUCAUCUCCUUCUCCGGUGGAGCCACUCCUUCACGACGUCUUCCUCCACCAAAACCCCAAUUCAAGACAACCCAUAACCCCACAAACCCCCAGAAUCCGCAACCGUACUCGAAUCGGCAAGUCACGAGACCCCAACCUCGGGAAACCUUGGUCUUACCAUGGCUUAUCUCCACAAGGUCAACAAAUUCUCCACUCUCUAAUCGAACCUUCCUUCGAUUCCAAUCAAUUACACCCUCUCCUCUCUCAGCUCUUCGAGCCUUACAAACACAAUCCUCCUCCGUCGUCACCGUCAUCAGAAUUACUAGCUCUUCUUAAAGGAUUAGGCUUCCACAAGAGAUUCGAUUUAGCUCUAACCGCAUUCGAUUGGUUUAUGAAGCAGAGAGAUUACCAAUUCAUGUUAGACAACUCUGUUAUCGCUGUAGUCAUCUCAAUGCUCGGCAGAGAAGGAAGAGUCUCUUCCGCUUCAAAACUCUUCAACGGCUUACAAGAGAACGGCUUCUCUCUCGACGUCUACUCCUACACUUCUCUAAUCUCUGCUUUCGCCAACAGCGGAAGGUACAGAGACGCAGUAACGGUGUUCAAGAAGAUGGAGGAAGAAGGUUGCAAACCGACUCUGAUCACAUACAACGUUGUCCUCAAUGUGUUCGGCAAAAUGGGAACUUCCUGGAGCAAGAUCACGUCUCUAGUGGAGAAGAUGAAGAGCGACGGGAUUGCUCCUGAUGCUUACACUUACAACACGCUGAUAACUUGCUGCAAACGAGGCUCGUUACACGAGGAAGCUGCUCGUGUUUUCGAAGAGAUGAAGAUCGCUGGGUUUAGUUACGAUAAGGUUACGUACAAUGCUUUGUUAGAUGUUUACGGGAAGUCUCAUAGGCCUAAGGAAGCUAUGAAGGUUCUGAAUGAGAUGGAGGUUAAUGGAUUUACUCCGAGUAUUGUGACUUAUAACUCUUUGAUAUCUGCUUACGCGAGAGAUGGGAUGUUAGAUGAAGCAAUGGAGCUUAAGAAGCAGAUGACGGAGAAAGGGAUGAAGCCUGAUGUUUUCACUUACACGACGCUGUUGUCUGGGUUUGAGAGAGCUGGGAAAGUUGAAUCUGCUAUGAGUGUGUUUGAGGAGAUGAGAGAGGCAGGUUGCAAACCGAAUAUCUGUACUUUCAAUGCGUUUAUCAAGAUGUAUGGGAACAGAGGGAAGUUUGCUGAGAUGAUGAAGAUCUUUGACGAGAUCAAUGUGUGUGGUCUCUCUCCUGAUAUUGUCACUUGGAAUACGUUGUUGGCAGUGUUUGGCCAGAACGGAAUGGAUUCUGAGGUUUCGGGUGUGUUCAAGGAGAUGAAGAGAGCUGGGUUUGUACCGGAGAGAGAGACUUUCAACACGCUGAUCAGUGCUUAUAGCCGUUGUGGCUCGUUUGAGCAGGCGAUGACUGUUUACAGGAGGAUGCUUGACGCUGGAGUCGUUCCUGAUCUUUCCACUUAUAAUACAGUCUUGGCUGCUUUGGCUCGUGGAGGAAUGUGGGAACAGUCUGAGAAAGUUCUUGCGGAGAUGGAAGAUGGUAGAUGUAAACCGAACGAGUUAACUUAUUGCUCUCUGCUUCACGCUUAUGCCAAUGGGAAGGAGAUUGGUCGGAUGCAUUUCUUAGCGGAGGAAGUGUAUUCAGGAGUUAUAGAGCCUCGAGCUGUGUUGUUGAAGACGUUAGUCUUGGUUUGUAGCAAGUGUGAUCUCUUGCCAGAGGCAGAGCGAGCGUUCUCCGAGCUUAAAGAGAGAGGCUUUUCUCCUGAUAUCACCACGUUGAACUCUAUGGUUUCGAUAUACGGAAGAAGGCAGAUGGUGGCGAAGGCGAACGAGGUUUUGGACUACAUGAAGGAGAUGGGUUUCACACCGAGCAUGGCGACUUACAACAGCCUCAUGUACAUGCAUAGCCGGUCUUCUGAUUUCAGGAAGUCAGAGGAGGUCUUGAGGGAAAUACAAGGGAAAGGGAUCAAACCGGAUAUCAUAUCGUACAACACUGUGAUCUACGCGUAUUGCAGGAACACUCGGAUGAGAGAUGCGUCUAGGAUAUUCGCGGAGAUGAGGGAGGCAGGGAUUGUUCCUGAUGUGAUCACUUACAAUACGUUUAUUGGCUCUUACGCUGCUGAUUCCAUGUUUGAGGAGGCUGUUGGUGUUGUUAGGUACAUGAUCAAGAAUGGUUGUAGACCGAACCAGAACACGUACAACUCGAUUGUUGAUGGGUAUUGUAAGUUGAACAGGAAAGAUGAGGCGAAGCUGUUUGCUGAAGAGUUGAGGAAUGUUGAUCCGAAUGCUCCUAAGGACGAAGAUCGUAGGUUGCUGGAACGGAUAGGGAAGAAAUGGCCAAUAAGAUAG